AACUUCUGUUAUGAUUUGGCGCUAAAUAAAUAAAAUUGAAUUGAAUUGAAUGUUGUUCUAACUCGGCUGAGACUUUGUGGUCGAGCCAGCUAUUAAAGUCUUAGACUAACAUCCAGACGGUCUGUGUCAGUGUGGACAUUUGGAAACAGUCCAACAUGUUAUGUUCUCAUGCAACAAAUCCAGAAGUGAAAGGCAACAGUUAUUCAGGGAGCUGUCAGAUCCGGAUCUUUCAAGUCUGUUUUUGCAUCUGAAAUCAAUUUCCAACCUACAGAAAGACAUUGUCCUGACAACACUUGUCUGUGGAGGGCAGCAUUAGGCUUUUCAGUGUACAGCCUGCCGGAAAUUCAUUAGAAGAAGAAGAAGAAGAAGAAGAAGAAGAAGAAGAAGAAAUUAUUAAGCCAUUAUUUUUAUUGUUAUUAAGGUUCAGCAUUACAGAAACGCGUCGGUAUUCAGUCGCUGAGCUGCGAGAGGAAGAUGUCGAGACUCCAGAGUCUGAAGGUGUUUGUCAGCCAGCGGCUAACUGCGGCUGUCGAGGAGAUAUUCGGACAUUUUGAGAGAACAAUCACCGAGUAUGAGGAGGAGCUGGACCGCCGCCAUCGAAUAAAGCUGCGAAGAGCAGUGUGUCCUGCAGGCGUCCAGCAGCUGUCGCUGAGUAGAGAAGAGGUUCCCCCUGAGCUGCAGGACUGGAGCCCCAGUCUGGACCAGGACCCAGAGCCCCCACACAUUAAAGAGGAGCAGGAGGAGCUCUGGACCAGUCAGGAGGGAGAGCAGCUCCGAGGGCUGGAGGAGGCCGAUAUCACCAAGUUCCCAUUCACUCCUGUCCCUGUGAAGAGUGAAGAAGAUGAAGAGAAACCUCAGUCCUCACAGCUUCAUCAAAGCCAAACUGAACAGAUGGAAACAGGAGCUGAUGGAGAGGACUGUGGAGGACCAGGACCAGCCAGGAACUCUGAUCCAGAUACACAUUUACAACCUGAGACUGAUGACAAGACAUCAGACUCUUCUGAGCUAAAGACUGAAGUCGGUGUUGAUGAAUGUACAGAGACCAGAGACCCUCAGUCAGGUUUAAAUAAUGAAGUUUCUGUAAGUGGAAUGGGAUGCAAUAAUUGCAAAUCAUUUAGAUGUUCUGAGUGUGGGAAAAUAUAUGGCUCCUUGGGAUAUCUGAAGUUACACAUGAGGUCUCAUACAGGAGAAAGACCUUACAGGUGCUCAGUUUGUAGGAAAAGCUUUUCAUGGAGCGGACGUUUACAGAAACACUUGAAAAUCCACACAGGGGAGAAACCUUUCAGCUGCUCGGUGUGCGGCAAAGGUUUUAUAGAAAGUGGAAAUCUGAAGGUGCACAUGAGAAUCCACACAGGAGAGAAACCAUUUAGUUGUUCAGUUUGUGGUAAAAGAUAUGCACAAAGGGGAAAUUUGAAACAACACAUGUCCGUCCACAGAGGAGAGAAACCAUUCAGCUGCAGCGUUUGUGACAACAGAUUCACUUGGCUUAAUCAGCUCAAAACCCACCAGUGUGUCGGUCGUCGGUCCUCACAGCUUCAUCAAAACCAAACUGAGGAGAACAGAGAGGCAGAGCCUCCAGCCAGCAGCUCAGCUGGACAGAUGGAAACAGGAGCUGAUGGAGAGGACUGUGGAGGACCAGGACCAGCCAGGAACUCAGAUCCAUAUAAACAUUUAGGACCACUUAGUGAUGACGAGACUGAAGACUCUUCUGAGACUGAAGACUCUUCUGAGACUGAAGACAGCGAUGAUGGUUGGAAGGAGACCCGAGAACCUCAGUCAGGUUUAAACUCUUUGAACAAUGAUGAAGUUCCUGCAAGUCGUAAGGGACGUAAUAUUUGCACGAAACCAUUCAGCUGCUCUGAAUGUGGGAAAAGAUUUGGCUCCAGGGGAAUUCUGAAGAGACACCUGAGGUCUCACACAGGAGAAAGACCUUACAGGUGCUCAGUUUGUAGGAAAUGUUUUUCACGGAAUGGAUGUUUGCAGAAACACAUGAAAAUCCACACAGGGGAGAAGCCUUUCAGCUGCUCGGUGUGUGGCAAAGGUUUUAUAGAAAGUGGAAAUCUGAAGGUGCACAUGAGAAUCCACACAGGAGAGAAACCAUUUAGUUGUUCAGUUUGCGGUAAAAGAUAUAGACAAAAGGGAAGUCUGACAACACACCUGGAAGUCCACCGAGGGGAGAAAUGAUUCAAGUGUUUGUUUAAACAUUUCAGACACCAGCACCACCACUCCCUCUUUGUAGAAACAAAAUCCUAGAGUUCAUGGUUCCUUGGAUGAGUACGCAUCUUCCUCUGCAGCCAUUUAACCAAGCGGAAGCUCCGGGUCUGAAAAGUGAAGCCAGUGCGCAGUGCCUUAAGCUGCGAUCAGACAGAGCGCGCUUUUUGCAGUGAGAGGCGUCUUUUUGCAGUUGUAUUCUCUAGGCAGUAAACGUUUUGCGUUUCAGACGCUCUGAACGCCGCCUCGCGAGCGCUCUUACCAACCGUAGUUACCAUGAUUUCAACAGAAAACAGCAGCCUGGAUGCAAAUUAGUGCGGUACUUGAGAUUUUGUUUUUUGUUUUCAUUCAUUUAAACUGUACUAAUAGUUAAUUGGUAGCAUACAGUUCAUGGUUUGUGUUAAGCUAACGUUAGCUCACUUUCAUCAUCAAUGUAAUGUUUAGUUACAAAGUAACAAGUCUCACACCUACACCUGUCAGAUUUUUAGGCUGUUGGAUAAACAGUAGGACGCUCUGAGGAGUCAGCUGUUCUUUUUUUUCCAGUAAGUAUAUUUUGUUUUAAGCCUGUUUUUCGCUAGCCAAAAUUAGCAUCCCAAUUGAUAUCAGUUAACAUGAAUUACGAAUGCACCUUGCUAACCUAACUAGCGCUAGCUGAUAGCUUAGCGUUUGCUAUGCUCCCCAGCUCCACCCCCUCGUCCAAAUAUGGUCACAUCCCUGUUUACAAAAAAACAAGAUGGCGACGGCCAAAAUGUUAAAUUUGAGGCUUGAAAACGGUCCACAAACCAAUCAGAAUCAGAAAUACUUUAUGGGUGACGUCACGGGGACUUCGUCCGCUUCGUUUAUACAGUCUAUGUCCUUAACACAAGAAACUUGUCUUUGUAACUGUCUUCUCCAAAUAUGAUACAUGACCAGCCUGGUCAAGCCUGACAAAAGUUAAUGAUCUCGAGAUGAUCCUGUUGUCUCUUCUUUACUAACGUGCUGAUUCCACAAUAGAAAUGAAUGUGGAAAGUUUUUAUACAGUAAGACAUUUCAAAGCAAAUUAAACAGAUACGUUUUCACUUGUGUGAUGUUUGUUUUCAGUAUUUGUGAUUUUUAAAUAAAUUCCUAUUUUUUUUUUUUAAAUUAA